UGACACGGUCGCCAUGUUCCUCCAUUGUGUGAGAGAGAUAGUAAACACUACCACUGCUACACAACCAUAACACGUAUAUCCCUGCGCUAAAAACCUUCAUAUUCACCCCGGUGAUAAGUCAGCGACAUGGCCCGUACCAAGCAGACCGCUCGUAAGUCCACUGGAGGAAAGGCUCCACGUAAGCAGCUGGCCACCAAGGCGGCCCGUAAGAGCGCCCCCUCCACCGGCGGCGUCAAGAAGCCCCAUCGUUACAGGCCCGGCACCGUGGCCCUGCGUGAGAUCCGUCGCUACCAGAAGUCCACCGAGCUGCUGAUCCGCAAGCUGCCCUUCCAGCGCCUGGUGAGGGAGAUCGCCCAGGACUUCAAGACCGACCUGCGCUUCCAGAGUGCGGCCAUCGGGGCCCUGCAGGAGGCCAGCGAGGCCUACCUGGUGGGUCUGUUCGAGGACACCAACCUGUGCGCCAUCCACGCCAAGCGUGUCACCAUCAUGCCCAAAGACAUCCAGCUGGCCCGCCGUAUCCGCGGGGAGCGCGCCUAGAAGGGCAUCGCGCCGCACAGCUUUUUUUAUUUCAAUGUUCUACCUUAUACUCUAUGUUUUUAUUUUUUAUAACCCCCCCCCCCCCCUUUCCUGUUCCCAUCCGUCCGUCCCCCUGCUUGCUUGUUAGACGUUAGCGGCAUCAUAAUAACCGAGACAUAGAGUUAUCUUCAGUUCACACGUCGGCACUUCAUCUGCGCCAACUUUUUUUUUUAUUUUUUUUUUAAGGGUACCCAUUUGUGCAGGUGCUGGGUUUCGCCGGUCACACACACACACACACACACGUACACACACACCUUGCUCAUCCCUCUAGGUUGAGCCGCCAAGCGGGACGCCUCCCAACCAGCGUGGGGAGGCCGAGGCCAUAAGAGGGGGGUCUGGUGAGGGGCAGGGGGGCGGGUGGUGCUGUUCAGCUCGGGGGGCUGGUCUGCUUAAGGGGAGCGGCAACUUCCACAGCAGGGUGCUACUUGAACUGGCCCCCGGCUCUGUGUGGGUCACUCCCUCUUCGCUGCUCUAAACGGCCUGCUCUCGUGCUCUCAAACGUCAACCAAGGCGUGCCCCCUGGGCUCUUGUCAUCCGGCGCAGGUAUGGGGAAGUGUGUGUGUGUGUGUGUGUGUUUGUGUUUGAGCUCUGACCUGACAAACCAGUUAUUCUCAGCGCUCCCGUCUUAUUUACUAAAUCACAAUAUUGAUAUUUGUUGUGAAUCAAUGUGUGUUUUUUAUUUUUGCGUAAUGAAACAUCUCUUCUUUUUAACUUCUGGAAUCAGCAGAAUAUGAGGGGACAUCGUGAACAUAUGGGGUUUAGGUUUUGGUUUUUCAAUUUUUUUGUAGUAACUAAGGAAGGGCUUGUUCUUUCCCGAGAUAAUGUCUAUGGUCGGCCACAGGGCGGUGACGAUUUACCAGCUCCCAUUCACAUUUUCACUGUUCAUCUGUCGGUGCGCGUUGUGAUACUCUCUUCUCUCUUGUUAUCUUGGUAGAUAGGUGGUAGACAUGUAAUGACAGUAUGCAUUGAAAUUGUAGCAAGAUUUAUUCUCUGCAUGUAUAGAUUUGUUUGGUGUGUGUGUCUCUCAUGUAGGUUUGACCGUAGAUUCUUUCGAUUUCUUAAAUUUGGGAUAAAAACAAUAUAACCUCAAUUGUUUUUUCUUUCUUGUUUUCUUAUUACUCAAGAUUUUCAGAAGUAUAAAUAAACGGAUAUUUGUAUUUUCCAAAUUUCUCAUAUUAUUGUGGUAAUAAAUAGAUGUUACAUAAAGAAGCGUGUUGGGUGUCUUAU